AUGGAGCUUCCCCUCGCCUUCACGUACGACGCCAUCUCGACGGGUCACACCCGCCCACACAACGUCCCCCGCGAGGUGCUGGGCCACAUCAUGUCCUUUGUGCGUGAUAACGACCUCACAGCCUGCAUCAGCACCAACUCGUCAUUCUACCUUGCAGCCAAACCCUACCUGUACCGUACAGUCUCACUUGACCAAUAUUUCCACGUCAUAGGCGCCGAACAUCCCCUCCUCGACCUCGACAUCCCCGCUACACCCAAUUCACGCCGCCGCCCUCUCUUCCGCCGCACGUGGAUGACGCGGACCUGUCGCAUCCUCGAGGUGGCAGCCCAUCACGAAUCGUUCUGCGCCAACGCCGUUGCUUCCUACUCGAAACAGCCCUUCCCACCCGCUCCUCCCCUACCCCACCGGCCCCUCCACCCGCUCCUCCCCAACCUCCCCCACCUCCGCACACUCCACCUCCCCUUCGACGUACACGGCACCCUCGUCGCCGCCCAUGAGCUCACCCCUUGCGGGGUACACGACCUCAAGCCCCUCCAUCUCAUCGAGCACAACGUGUGCUGGGUCGCGCAGCCCCCCUCCACAACCACCAUUAGGGGUGUACAGUCCUACACAGCAAACAUCGCGCCCCACGAGAUGUGGAACUACGACCACCGGCCCUUUGAACUCCACCUUCCCAUCAUGGCACCAGGAGCACGCCUCACCCUCAUAGCCCCACAGAACAUCAACAAGCACAUUCUUCCCCAGCAAUGUCCCAUCUUCCGGGACCCAGAGGCCCUCUCUACCAUCCCGCACGACAUUCCACCCGCCGCCCGUGCCCAAGUCUACACCGAGAUCUGCACGGCCGACGACUGCCCCCACCACUUGAUGCUCAAGCUGGCCCGCACGGUCGUGCGGUUCAUGGACGGCCCACGUAUCCGCCUCGUGGGCUUUGAUGUAGCCUGCAAAGACCGCCCAUACCCCGUUUAUCGGCACCUCGCAUGGCUCACGCGCGUCCUCUUCGAAGCCCUGGCUGAAGCUGCGACUCUGAACUCUGAAGCAGACGCAUGGCGCGCGCGAGCUGGGCCGGUAGACGCGUUCCACCUCAUCUCAGCGCGGUGGUGGACCAGCCACCGGGUCCAGCCUACCGCCUAUCUUCCCUCGCUGCGGCUCGUCGAGUUCUGGGAUAUCAAGGGCUGGCCGCGAUCCGUGUCACGCGUCGCGGGCAAUGGUGGGAUCCGGACGCGGGGGGCGACAUGGCCUAAGGAGGUGAAGGGCGAGGGUACUAUUGGGGCGUUCUGGCUGCCCGAGCCGGAGCGCGAGUGGUGUCUCGUCGACGAUUAG